CGGUCCUAAACAAUAAAUCUGAAGAUGGCGGCGGUGAACGUGUUUUCGCAGCUGAAAGCCGAGAUAGAAGCGGCGCAAAAAAGUCUCAAGGAUGUGGAUGAAACCAUCAAGAAGCUCACAGGCCGAGGUCCUGAGGAGUUCAGGAACCAAGCUCGCCGUCCGGGUGGGCCUGCGCAAGGAGCUGCCCCCGAGCAAGGCGGCCGAGAACGGUUCACGAAAAAGCCGGGUGUCGGAACAGGAGGUCCCCCUGCCAAACGGAGAAAUCUCGGAGGUCCACCAGUGAGGACACCUGUCAAAGCUCCGGCAGAGGACAGCGCCGAUGAAGAAGAGCCACCGAGAAAGGGCGGCGUCCAAUCUUCGGUGGUGGCGGCACCCGCCAAGGAGUCGCUGCGGACGCGUCGGGAAGUGAGCGCCCUGCAGAAGGGUGACCGCAAGUGCAUGGAGCGCAACCGGCGCAUGUUUGGCAUGAUGCUGGGCACCCUGCAGAAGUUCCAGAGUGAGGAGACCAAGCGCAAGGACCAGGUUCAGUCCCAGAAACGUGCUGAAAUUGAGCAGAAGCUGGAGGAGGCAGCCGAGCGUGAGAAGGCGGAGCUGCGCAAAGAACGGCAGGACCUGUUCCUGGCACGGCGCCAGAAGCAGCAGGGCCUGCGUCGGUUAGAGCUCAAGCUGGAGGUGGCCCGCCUGCACGAGGAAGCCGAGGCUCGCCAGCGACUGCUGCUCAACUUCAUCCACACGAGGACCAAGCCGCACAUCAUGUUCAAGCCGGCCAAGCACACACCGGAAACGCAGAAGCGGCUCAAAGAAUCCCAGAAGCGCAUCCUCGCCAUCAUCGAGAGCCGACGCGCCAAGGUCAAGGAAGAGCUGGACGCAAUCGACGAGCUCUACCACCGUGAGAACCCUCAUCCAGGCGAAGAAGAAGAAGAGGAAAUCCACCCGGACAAGGAGAACAGGGGGCCCGCCAAGGACAAGUCCGCAGACGAAGAGCAGGCUGCUGUGGACGGCGACGGCAGUGCCGGCGACAGUAGCGCGGAACCGGCAGAUGCAGCGGUGGAGGAGCACGAUCGUGCCCAAGAGAAAUCUGACCCCACGGACAAUGGUGAGGUGACAGAACAGGCGACGGCCAGUAGUGAAGCCGCAGAACCGAUGGACACUACGGAGCUCGAGGAAGCUGCAAAGAAAGAGUCCACUGGUGACCAGGCCGAAUCAGCGGUGGCUAAAGAAGCACCUGCUGACCCGGAAUCGACAGAGGGCACCGAGCCGUCUGAAGACGAGCCGGCCGCGAAAGCCGAUGCUGCGGCAGACGCAGCACCGGAGGAGCCGGCCAAAGCAGAAGAGAGCGCACCGAAGGACGAGGCGCCGGCGGCCCCUGAACCUCCCAGUAUCAACGCAUUAGGAGACGAGAAGUUUGAACCCAUCUACGACGAAUAAGCUCCGCUGCCUCUUGCGGAGUUUUAUCAACUGUACAGGCAUCGCAUUUGCGCCACUCGGUGGGUGCCAGUGCUCGGGCACCUUUACUGCGAAACUGAGCAGGGACUCGUAGACCUCCCGGCCCCUCCGACCGAUGCCUGGAAAAAGAAGACAACUUGCACGACCGUGUCUCGCACAAGGCUUGAAGGUCGUCGUGCAUAUUCUCCAGCUGGGAAACGGUCACUGAACGGUGCAUCUACGGCACUGCUUGGGCACUUGGCUGUUCAAAAGAGCAUGUAUAUAUAUAGAGAGGGAGAGCUGGCGAGUGCAUUCAUGAACUCUGAACAGUGCGAUCUCUAGCAUAGAUUACAUGGAAUUAGAAGGCGAAGGUUAGGGUAGACGCGCAACUUGCUUGUGCUGUACAUUCAUUCUGCUGCUGCAUCACUCACACUAUAGAUUGUGAUGGUUAGUCUUUCCAGUUUGGCCAGUUUUAUUUUACAUUGCGCUAAAGUUGUUGCUUACCUUUAAUUUGUUGCCAUUGAGUUAACGUUCAGUUGAGAAAGUAAUUUUGAAUGUUGGAAGUGAGAAAGAAAACAACCUUAAAAGGCUUUGUGCCUGUGCACUUAAGAGUUUUCACUUUCACAGCAGCACAAGGUUCAUCUACCCACGGUUGCAUUGUCAUCCUCAUAUUACUUCAAUCUUGUCACUUUUACCGACGCAUCGCAUCAGAUUGCAAGUUUUACUAUGUGGGGUCAUUGCACUCGCAGCAGGUGGAAAUUAAGCUUAAAAGGAGUCAGCCAUUUAGUAACUGUACUUGGUGUAGCAGCUGCACAUUUCGUUCGUGAAGUACACCAUCUACCUCCAGCUGAGAGACUUCACUUAAGAUAAUGGACACACUUGUCUUGAAUGCAACAUGCCUCAGUUUUUUUUUUUUUUUUUUUGUCUUUUCAGUUUCGCUCAUUAAAUAGCCUUAAUAUCCUAGUCAUUAUUGCCGAGACUAGAAUAUUAAAUGAACUGCUGGAAGCACAUCAAAUGUAUUGCUGCUGGGUACUGUGCCCUUAUUCCCCUUAUUCUGCUGACGAGCUUCAGCAUAUUCAGUCAAUUGGCAAAAUUUUCCAGCCUAUGUUAGCCUUUUGCUCUUUUUAUGUUCAGGGACAGCAUUGUCUGUUUUAUGUAGCUGUGUUGACUAAGACAUUUGCCACAUUUAUUGGGAGUAACAUUGUUCAGCUUCACCUGACCUUCUUGUGAAGUGCAGCCUUUGACAAAGCAAGAGGCGCUCUCUCUCUCUUUCUGCUGUUCAUGUAAUCUACGCUUAUCGAAAGGCUGAAGUGCAGGAGUUCUGCUCCAACGGACUUUGGCACAGGUUUGUACCACAAGGGCUGUCCAUAGGCUUUGAACGUUUUCAACAUUUAUGUGUACACGCAUAACAAACGGGAAUGCUCAAUGUCGCAGUCAACAUAUAUGCAACUCUCUGUACAUUGUCAACCAAGUUGCAGUGCGGAAUUUCGUGUCACAUCGCAGGUUGAUUGCAGCUGUUGUGAACGUAUUUUCAUUGUUCACUUGUGUACAGAACUGAAGCUCUAAGGGAAGACCGAAGACUUUUUUUUUUUUUCUGGUCUUCUGUGAGCUAGUGCGCAUACGUGUUGACAAUAAAGAAAGUAUUGUGUA